AUGUCUAACGCCAACGCUCGCAAGGAAGUCAACGACGCUAUCAUCAACUCCGGCAGCAAUGCCAUCGGACAGCUUGUCGACACUGCUAACUCGUCUAAGCGCAAGCGCGAGCAGAACAAGCUUGAGCGUGAGGCGCGCGAGAAGGCUGAAAGGGAGAAGGCCGAAAGAGCGAAGACGGGCGGCAAGUAA